GGUUCGCUGCUCCCCGCUUCGCGGGUCUCCCACCCCCUCUCGUGCUGCCGGGGCGGGGGAGACGCUCCUGCCGCCGGCCCGACGAGGGGGAGGAGAAGGAGGAAGAGCAGAGUCUGCGGCUCCGCCGAGAAGUCACUCAGAAAAAACAGGUUCCCUUCGGAGGGGAAGACGUAGCGCCGCGUUCUCUCUCUUCGCCUGUCUCCUCCCCCUGGUGGACUUCGGUAUAAAUCGAGGAGGAAAUUCAGCAGGCUCAACCUAAAUAACGUUUCUGACUAAUUACAAAACGUGCUUCCUCCUAGGUUUUUCUCUCGCGGAUAGGGCUCAGCUGAACAAGCCCCCCUCUGGAAACCUGUCGUAAGCACCAUCAUGCGGGAACCGCGCUGGACCUGCCGGAGGCUGCAGCAACAGCCUGGGCGGCUCUGAGCAGAAGCGAGGAGCUCUUUCCUCUUCUCUGUGACGAUUUAAAGCUGAAGCAAGCUCCUCCGUCGGCAGCCGGUGAACGCUGAUGGCAGCAGCUGCCAAAAACAUUGUUAUUCAAUGUAAAUUACCGGGUAUUCAAAGGCAGAGCUGGCUAUUCAACGCAUCAGCGUGUUCCUCGGUGAAAGCGUUCAAGGAAUUAAACUGAAUUUCCAGAGGGAUGGAGCCUGCCUCUACAAGCCUCCUUUGAAGAGAACACAAUUUUAAUCUGCUUUGAGAGCUGGUCUAUCAGUCAUGAAACGAAUUCUUCUGUUUUUUAUCUUGGCUGCUGCUGUUAUGUAUGGUAUCCUGCAUGGGAAUCUGUGGAGAAAUAACUUCUACUGGAUUAGCUUUUAUGGACAGACUUCCUCUGUGAGGGCUUCUCCUUCCUAUGUGACUAGUGGAAUUACAAUCAGUUACAAUCAGCUGCCACCCACGGCUGUAGAGAGGAGGAAUGCAUUGGACACUUGUCUCCUGAAACCAGCAUUUGAAUCUUUGCUGGGUGUUGACAAAAUAUACCCGUUCCUGUGCGCUAAUGAUUUUAUCAGAGUGGCAGAGUUCCAAGGGAGCAAUAAGUUUGAACUGCCUUAUGGAAUAAAGAGAGCAGAGCAAUUUUUUCGUUUAGCCCUUUCAAGACUGCAGAACUGUGGCCUUUCCAGUGAAGAAGACAGCGUUGCCUGUCGCCGCUGCGUUGUGGUGGGUAACGGAGGAGUGCUUCGAAAUAAGACAUUGGGGGAGAAAAUUGACUCAUAUGAUGUCAUAAUAAGAAUGAAUAAUGGCCCUGUGAUAGGCUACGAAGAGGAUGUUGGGAGGAGGACGACUUUCCGCCUUUCUUACCCGGAAUCCAUCUUCUCAGAUCCCAUCCACUAUGACCCUAAUACCACUGUGGUUCUCAUUGUCUUCAAGCCACGGGACUUGAAGUGGCUUUGGGAGAUACUUGGUGGUCAGAAAAUAAGCGCGAAGGGCUUUUGGAAGAAACCCGCCCUGAAUAUGAUCUACAAAUCGAGUCAAAUCAGGAUUCUCGAUCCCAGCAUCACCAGGAAAACUGCUUAUGAGUGGCUUCAUUUCCCAACAAGGUUUCCCAAGAAGGAGAAACCCAAGCAUCCAACGACGGGGCUAAUUGCCAUUACACUGGCAUUUCACAUCUGCCAUGAAGUCCACCUGGCAGGCUUCAAGUACGACUUCACUGACAGAAACAGUUCUUUACAUUACUAUGGCAAUGAAACCAUGUCUCAGAUGAUGCAGAAUGAAUAUCACAACAUCACUGCUGAGCAGAAAUUUUUGAAGAAGCUUAUAGACAAGAACUUUGUGGUCAAUUUGACGUGAAAGCUGAAUGGAAGAUACAAAGAACAAUCACUAUUUUCAAGAUUUGAAAAAAUUUUAUUUUUUGUAUGACAUUUUUAUUUUUUAAGUGCAGCAUAACUGUUUACUGUUUAAAGGAGCCCAGAAACCUCAUCAAGGCAAAAGCUUCUAAGCCUGAGGGUAAUGGACCAUUGCAAACAAGAGUGAACUGAAUUUCUGUGAAGCUAUUUAAUAGUGGGAAAACCAUGAAACUUUCAACUGAAAGUGUCAGGGAUAUAUAAAAAUGUGAUGCACAUCACUUACUUAUCAGUGAGAACUCUUUCCAAAUGAGUCAUUCUCUGGAAUACUUUUGUUUCUGAUGUCCUCCAAAAGAGUUCCACUGUCAAGAGACUGGGAUGACCAGUGUUCAGUCAGUAGGUGGAUGUGAAGUCGUGACUGUCUGUCUCGUCGUCUGAAAACGGCUUUAAAGCUAUGCACCUGAAUCAGUACUGUGUGUUUUGGAGAAGGGGGAACACACAGACUGCGCAGGUUUUGUUCUGCCACGCUCCUGAGGAGAGGAUGUCCACCUUCAGCCAAGCAGCCACAGCUUCCGCACUGACCAUCAGCCCUGAACUCCUGUCUGCCUUUGCCGAAGGUGAAGACCCUUUGUCUGAUUUGUGGAGAUGUUGGUGUUGACAAUGCUUGUGUUGUACCCAUUUUGUGGAAAAAUCACACUCCCUGUGUUGUGCACCCAGUAAAUAUUACAGUUGCUGACUUGACUUAAAAAAGAGGGAAUAUGAAGACUGAAGAGCUGUCCAAAACUACCUUUGUAUCAGCCCCCAGACCACAACAGAAACACAAGCUCGGACAGAGAUGUUCAUGCCUGAGUUUAGAGUCAAUGUUUGUUGGAGUCGUAGUUUUUUAGGACACGAUCUCAUGUAUUUUUUUGUUUGCUCUUCAAAAACAGGUGGAUUUUUCCAAAUGAGGACAAUCUCCUUCCCCAGAUGCUGUAAUGCAUCGCUACAAGCAAGGAAUACUCCCAUUUUUGGCAGUAGAGUGCAGUAGGGAAUAUCUAGGAUGUAAUACCUCGGCUGAAUUAUCAUUUGGCAUCUGUUUACCUCUUCUGUCUUGAUAUUUAAGUUUGAAGUGUGUGGCUGAACUAAAUCAUUUAACAGUGGAAACUUACUCGAGAUUUUAAUUGAAACAUUUAAUGAGAUGUUUGUUUCCUGUAUUGGUUUGUCUCUGACAAGCCUGUGAAUAAAUUAAAUCUGCCUGGGAAGGUGCCUGACAACUGUCAAAGAACAAUAUGCUGUUCCAGUUCUCUCACAGGACAUCUAUAUAAAGUUUUUAUUUUAAUUAUGGCAGAAUUUCUGGAAGAUUUUGUGCUUAUCUUUAUCAAUCACAGCUGAAGGAAGCACAAAGAAGUCCAAUUAAGAAAAGUCUUUGAAGUUGGUAGGAAUACUGUUGUUGCUUUUAAACAAAAUUAUAUCGAGUGACUACAUUUAGGAAUAACGCAAACGGUCGCAGUAUGAA